AUGACCAAACGCACGAAGAUGACCAAGACCAAAGCGCAGCAACAAGCGGAGUCUGAAAAUCCGAGCUCCGCCGACGACACCCGCCCUGUCCACAACGAGGACGAGCCUCCCGCCUCCCCAGUCAGCGCUCGGGCCGACAACCGUGACAACGACGAGGACAACCGCGACAACGACGAGGGAGAAGGCCCAGACGACCACUACGCCGGCCAAGGUUCCCACGCCCUGACCCACGCCGACGAACUAGACCAGGACCAAGACGAGCAGGGAGACGACAGCGGCGACGACGACGAGCUUAGCCCCCAAGGCCUCCUCCAACUCAUGGCCAAGAUGGAGUCAAGCUUCGCCGAGGUCGUUAACGAAACCCGCGAGCAGGCCGCUGCAGACAAAGCCGAGCUCCUCGCCCGUCAGGCCAGCCUUCACCGCCUCCUGAAAGAAUCUCACGACAACACCAAGCGCCUUGAACGUCUCCUUACUCAGCAGAUCGAACAGGGCCAACAGAAACCCACACCCCGCCCUCCCUUCACCUUCAGCAACGUCCGCCCCGUAAACCGCACAUUGGCCUCGCCCGCCCAAUCCCAUCUCCCCUCCCCGGUAACCCCGCCGGAGCUACAAGAACGCAGUGAUACAACCAGCUUCGUCGCCGAGGGCCCAAUCGCCAAGUCUCUCCGCGAAGGCCUCGCUACGUUCGACGGCAUGUCUCGGUCGACCAAAUCCGCAAACGAGUUCCUGACCCGCCUCGACCGAUACUUCGCCGCCACCCCGGCAGUCCCGGAUAUCAUGAAGAUCUCGCUGGCCGCCUCUAAACUCAAGGAUACCGCCGAGCGAUGGUACGAACAAGCAGAAUCCACCAUCCUUACGUGGGAAGCGUUCAAAGACGGGCUCCGCAACCGCUUCAUCCCACCCAACGCGGAAGAACACGCGCUCCUGGCCCUCGAACGCCUCACCCAGACCGGCUCGGUCGACGAAUACUACCAAAGGUUCUCGGCACUCCUCCUCGAAAUCCCGGAGAUGACGGAUAAGCAGGCCUGCUGCGCCUUCCGCAAGGGCCUCCGUCCCGGCAUCCAACGGUUGCUCGCCGCCAACCCCUCUAGCCUCACGAUGUCCCUGGCGGAACUCGUCACGCUGGCCGAUAGCGUAUACUCAGUCGACAGCGCACGACGGGACGAAACCAACCGAGACAAGAGACCUCCCGCGAAACAAUGGCCCCCAUCGAACAAGCGUGCAGCCGUCGACGUUGUGGGCACCGGCCCCGCGACUAAACGCCUGAAAAAGCUGACGAACGACGAGCGUCAGCGGCUCCGCGACCAAGGCGCAUGCUUCCGUUGUCGACAACCCGGCCACAUGCAAAGCGACUGCCCUAAGUACCCCAAGGCCCGUGUCCACGCUAUCGCCACCGAACCCCAGGACGAGGAUCCCCAGCCCACCCAGGGGGAUUUUCAUCGACCUCCUGAUGGUACCCACCGAACCCCUCUGAGCCCACCUGCGGCACCCCCGAAAGAACCGGACAAACCAGCGAAACCCCCAGACCCUGUACCCCCUACGAUCCGCCCGCGGUCCCCCAACCGACGGCACUACCCAGACAUGAACGCAUACCCAACCCGUGCCGCCCCACGAUGUCUUCAAACAGAAGCCUCCGACAUACUUGAAACCAUUGUGGCCGACCUAAUGGCACGACAUCCACCGCCCACGGACCCUACCCCUGAACCUCCGAAACCCCGCACCUUCCUUGCCGAGCUUCGCGCUCACCAACGAACGACGGGCCCGGCCAUAGCUGAAGCGGCUCUCACGGUCACCGGCUUUAUCAAUGGCGUCCUCGCCACAAUCCUGCUAGACACCGGCUGCACUACCUACGUGCUCAACACCAGUUUGCCCGGAAGCACGGCUUUACCCUACGCCCCACAAAGAUCACCCUAG